GCUUACGUGUGGUUACCAACAUACCAGCAGAGGUGCUGAAAAGAAAAGGUUAUCUUGGGGAAAAAAAGGAAUUGAACAAGUUCAAAGAAUGUGUGCCAGUUAGGAGUCCUGAAGACGAUGAAGCUUUUAUCUCUUAUCUCAGACCACUUGUUGCUCUGUGUCUUCCUGAGUCUACUUUGGGGUACAACUGACUCCACUACAAUAAUCACAGCAACAGUGACAGCAGGACAGGGAAGUGCAGCAAAAACAGAAACAACCACAAGACCAACAACACAAAAAAACACUCCCAUGGGUCAAACAAUACAAAAAACCACUUCACUGGCUCCUAGGCUACAAAAACAAAUUCCACUGGCUCAAAAAAUACACAGUCCCACUCUGCUUAAAUCUACCUCAGCAAAAGCCUCUCCAGGUAAUGUUGACAGAGUGAAUGUGACCACACAAAAUGAGAGUAGUAUAACUCUGACAUGGAACAAGGUUAGCAACAUCCCAACAUACAUCCUGCAAUAUGGUGAUAUAACAGAAGCUAUUAAUAAAGCUGAAGAAGGACCCAUAGUACAUGUGGUCACUUCUCUGACUGCUGGAACAAACUAUAAUUUCACUCUCUUCACCGUGUCUGGGGGACUCAAUAGCAGUGGAUUCAGUGCUGUGACAGUUCCACCAGUGGUGCCUUGGGUCAAUGUGACUGAACGAUUUACUAACAGCAUAACUCUAGAGUGGGAGAACAUGAAUAAAGACUGGCAAUACGAGCUUCAAAUCAAUGGUCGUGUGUCAGAUAAUGUGUCAGACGUCUCCUCAGAUACAAUCAGAAAAGUAGUGACAUCUCUUCAGCCUGGAACAGAGUAUGAUUUCAACUUAACCACAGUGUUCGCUGGACUCAGGAGCACUCCUUAUACGAAUUUCACAGUAACAGCCAUAGACUGUGCCAGUGCAGACUGGAAAGUUACCAACUCAUCAAUCAAAGCAAAGAUUGAAGGCUUGUUCUCGACCGCAACCGCCCAUAAUUUAUCUAACGUUUAUGUUAGUGAUGGACGUGAAAAUGUGUCAUUUACUGGACUUUACCCUGGUGCCACCUAUCAGAUAUCUCUUGUCUAUGAAAAGUCUUCCAGAGUUUUCCUGCAGUGUGAACACAAAUUAACAAUUCUUCCUCCUAAUCUAAAUGCUCACUGUGAGUACUGGGCAGCUGGAUACUCUGUUCUUAUUAAAUGGACAGACCCAGAGGGCGAGUGGACUAAUGCGGAGGUGAAUGUGACUGGAAAGACUCACACAGUAGCUAGUCCUGAAACUAAAAUCAUAAUCGAUGGAUUCCAACCUGCCAAAAAAUAUAAGGUGUCUGUAACUUCACUGUCUGGGCUGAGGAGGAGUUCUGAACCGCAUGUUUUUUACUGUCAGGCUGAUCCAAGGGGAGUUAUUGCAGGGUCCGUAUUUGGCGUGCUUCUUUUUGGUCUCCUGGUCGCUCUGGUUGUCUUCAUUUUCCUCAAAAGACCAGAUAUUAUUAGCAGAAAGAAGUCUUCAUUCAUUGGUGGAUCCAAAGUAUCUAACACACAGAGCAAAUCUAUUCCUGCUGCAAAGUUUCCGGACCACUUCCAUCAGCUGAGUUUGGAUGAGAACAGAGGCUUCAGCGAGGAAUAUGAGUGCCUCGCUCCUGUUGGAACAGACCAGACACGAAAGACUGCUAAUCUACCUGAAAACAAAGCAAAGAAUCGUUUCAGUAACGUCUUGCCAUAUGACUGGUGUCGUGUGAAGCUAACUACAUCAGAUCCUGAUGGAAUUUCAGACUAUAUCAAUGCCAAUUACAUGCCGGGCUACAGCAGUAACAGAGAGUACAUUGCCACUCAGGGCCCUCUGCCCUCUACUGUUAAUGAUUUCUGGAGAAUGAUUUGGGAACAAAGAGUUAAGAGGAUCGUUAUGGUAACCAACUGCAUUGAAGGAGGGCGGACCAAGUGUGAACAAUACUGGCCUGCAGACAGUAAGCCAUGCCUUUAUGGAGAGCUGUUGGUCACCAUGAGAUCUGAGCAACAGGAGACCAACUGGACGCUGAGAGAAUUCAACCUAAAAGAUAGAAAAACCUCAGAAGAACGGACAGUUAAACAUUUCCACUUUACUGCCUGGCCUAAUCAUGGAGUCCCAGAGUGCACAGAGGUCCUGAUCCAGUUCAGAGGACUGGUGAGACAGCACAUAGAGAGAGAAGGGGGCAAAGCACCAACUUUGGUUCACUGCAGUGCUGGAGUCGGGAGAACUGGCACUAUCAUUUCCCUGGAUGUGCUGCUUCAGCAGCUGGAGAAAGAACAAGCAGUCGGCAUCAAUGCCUUCGUACACAAGAUGAGACUGAACCGACCGUACAUGGUGCAGACGGAGUCCCAGUACAUUUUUCUGCACCAGUGCAUCAUGGACAGUCUGCAACCAAAAGACACGAAUGAAGAGAACAUUUAUGAGGAUAUAUACGAAAACACGUAUGAGACACCAGACAGCUUAGACGUCAGUGCCACUGCUCUCCAAUAGUUCCGUCGGCACAAUGUAAACGCCUAGUAUUAACCCUGCACUUAAUCUUUUAUGCAGUUAAUGAAAAACUAUUUGUCUUUGACCAAUAUUUUGGUUUUAAACUUAAUAAUACAAACUAUUACAUCUUAACUGUUUCCGUAUAUGCAUUGCACACUUCAGAUCUUAUUUAGUUUGCAUCUCUUCUAAAUAUGUGAUAUCAUAGUUGUUGUUGUUGUUGUUGUUUUUGUGUGAGAAAAUAGCUCUCUGAUGACUUGGGAAUGUUAAAAAUGUCAUGGUCCUGGGUCCUUUUCACCCAGCAUGUUGAGUUUCUUCUAUUCUAGUGAUAUUUUGUAUUAUGGUUUAUGUUCAGGUUCAUUUAUAGUCUCAGUUAUUCUGUUUUGAAUUUCUUUAUACUCCCUGUUUAGUUCUUGGAUUAUUAGGUUUCCCCUUGUGUCUUUGCCCUCUGUGUCUCUCUCUCUGUGUCUGUGUUUAUGUGUUUGUAUGAGCCGCUGCGUCUUGUCUCCCUCCUUCUGUUCCAUUCUAUGUUUCCCGAGCCCGUCAUGUCUCCUCUCUAUCCCUCGUGUUCCCUUGCUCCCUUUCCUCUGCCUUUCCUCCACUCCUCUGUCAAACUCAUGUGUCAGUCUUGCAUUCAUUCAUUUCCUGUUUUAUUGUGAAGGUCUUGUGUUCCAUGUUCAGUGUGUUUAGUUUUGGUUCCCUGGUGUCGUCAUGUCUAAUUUGUCUCAGCUCUGUUCCCCAUGUAUUUUCUGUUUCCUCGUGGUUGUACUGUGUAUUUAAGCCUGUUUCACUCAGUCCAUUUCUAUUCUCAUGCCUGUCUAUUUGCCUGUGUGUUUCUCUGUAUGUUUAGGUUCCAGAAUUCCAGUUUAGUUUUAGUUUUAUUUUGUAUCACCUGCACGGCAGCAAUAAAGCUGUGUUUGUGAGUUUAAGUCUUACCUGUUAGUCUGUGUUGGGUUCUUUCCUGCCUGCUGCGCAGCCAGUUUAUGACAAACACCACCAUUUAUGCAUCUUCUUCUAAGUUUUGGUUUCAGUGUGUCACUGAUUCUCUUUCCUGGACCAGAAACAACCAUUUAUGCAUCUUCUUCUGUGAUGUUGCUGCCUGAGGGGUCCUGACUGCUGGACACAGUAGAGAAUUUACUAUCAGUAACUUCCAUUUCUGGCUUUGGGGGCCUCGUGGUUGAUCUCUAAUGGCCCUGACUGCUGCUUGCCCGGAUAUAGUGGCUCACUUUUAUCAGCGUCAGGCGGGGGAGGGACGGAACAUUUUAGCAAUGUUGUGCAGCACACUGCUUUGAUAAUGUUAGACUGUUUAAGUGAGUCUUCUUGUGCAAAACAAAGUUAUGUCAGACACUUGAAACACUUCUUCAUGGAAUCCAGUGUCGUCUGCAUUACAUUGAGGAUCUUUGUGUGGGCCUCGUUGAAGUAGAUCUUGUUGUCGUUUGAGGGCUCUGAUAAAGGAGUCAAGAUGUGCUUGCUUAAGUGGUAGCCUUUCCCACCUUUAAAUGAAAGGCAAGAGAAUGCAGUGAAUAUCACAGCACACAUGUUCAUUUUAAAACUUAUGAUGCAAUAUCAUUUAACAGUCCUGUUAAAUUUAAAGUCAUUGUAGUGUACAGUUUACCACAAAGUAAUUUGUGAAUGUUGUAUGUGGGCUGAUGUAGAGGGGUGAUUAUUAGAGGAGUAAUUAAAAGCAUUAAAAGCACAAUUACCACAUUGACUCUAAAACAUGACUGCACUGCAGGAGUAUCUGUAAUGUAUCGUAUGAGAUUGCACUUGCAGUUUAGUAUAUACAUUGCAACUGAGAAAAAAAAUUAGUCUAUAGCCGGACUGUGACAUACACUGACCAUGCACUUCACAGUUACACCACUUCAGCUGCUUGUUAAUGCAAAUAUCUAAUCAGCCAAUCACAUGGCAGAAACUCGAUGCAUUUAGGGACGUGGAUAGUUUUUUAGGGUCUGUCUGAGCAGGACAAUGCAACUGUUAAUUAACUGCUUAGAUCACACAGGUACCUGAAGGCAAAAUAUAACAAGCAGACACAUUUUUCUUAGGAGUCACAAUAGAAGUCAUGAGGAAUUGAUAUCUGAUUUAUUAUUCUUAUAAUUUGGGUCCCUAAAUGAAAUAGAUUGAAGGUUUAAUGUAACUACCUGAGAAGAUGGAGUGAUGAAGAGAUUAUGUCCUGCGAUGUAUUAUAGAAUUAAAUUUAAAAUAGCUUAUCAAGAAUAUGCUCAUGACUGCACAUCUAAAUUUAAAAUCUUCUGUGUUUAUAUUUUUACAAACAUUGUAUGUUUUAAUAUACCUUUGUGUGAAAUUAAAUAUAUAUGCUUAAAAAGAUUUAGCUUGUGAAAA